GUAAGAAAAUCAAGCAAGUCUGCCGCCCUACCUUCGCUUCAGACCUGCAGUUUUUUUCUUGUGCAAUGGACGGCCGCAUAGACGCUGAAUUGUACCCCCUGGGAACCGGCUACGUCCCUGAACUUGAAAGUGUCCAUGACAUAUCAGUUGGCACAAAGAGGGGAUCCGACGAACUCUUUUCUUCCUGCAUAUCCACUGGGCCCUAUAUCAUGAACUCAGCCAAUGGCAACGACAGCAAAAAAUUCAAAGGUGACGUGCGCAGUCCCGGUGUUCCGUCACGAGUGGUCCAUGUACGCAAGCUGCCCAACGACAUAAAUGAAGCAGAAGUUAUCGGGCUGGGGCUGCCCUUUGGGAAGGUCACCAACCUGCUGAUGCUGAAAGGGAAGAACCAGGCAUUCUUGGAAAUGAACAGCGAGGAGUGUGCACAGACGAUGGUGAGCUACUACUCCUCUGUCACCCCCGUCAUCAGAAACCACCCCAUCUACAUGCAAUACUCGACCCACAAGGAGCUCAAGACGGACAACUCCCCCAACCAAGUGCGUGCCCAGGCAGCUCUGCAGGCGGUCAAUGCGCUGCAUGGAGGCGGGAUGGGAAGCAUGGCCAUCCCCGCUGAUCCUGCUGCCAUGGGAGGAGCAGGCUCCCAAAGCCCUGUGCUGAGAGUCAUCGUGGAAAACCUCUUCUACCCCGUCACCCUGGAUGUGCUGCACCAGAUUUUCUCUAAGUUCGGCACAGUGCUGAAGAUCAUCACUUUCACCAAGAACAACCAGUUCCAGGCUCUGAUCCAGUAUGCUGAUGGCCUGACGGCUCAGCACUCCAAACUGUCUCUGGACGGACAGAACAUCUACAACGCCUGCUGUACCCUCAGAAUCAGCUUCUCCAAGCUCACCAGCCUCAACGUCAAGUACAACAACGACAAGAGCCGAGAUUACACCAGACCGGACCUCCCCACUGCAGACUCACAGCCCUCCCUCGACCACCAGACCAUGGCAGCCGCUGCAUUUGCUGCUCCAGGUCUGAUCUCAGCUUCUCCUUAUGGCGGUGCUCAUGCCUUCCCCCCAGCCUUUGCCAUCCAGCAGUCAGGUCUGUCGAUGCCUGGUAUGCCCGGUGCCCUGGCCUCUCUGGGUAUGGGCCAUGGUGGCAUGGCGGCUGCUGCAGCAGCUGCUAACAGGCUGGGCCUGUCAGGGCUCACUGCCUCUGGGGGCCACAAUGUCUUGUUGGUCAGCAACCUGAACCCUGAGAGCGUUACGCCACACUGCCUCUUUAUUCUUUUCGGUGUGUACGGCGAUGUGAUGCGAGUGAAGAUCCUGUUUAAUAAAAAGGAGAAUGCUCUGAUCCAGAUGUCUGAUAGCACACAGGCUCAGCUAGCUAUGAGCCACCUGAAUGGCCAGCGCCUUCACGGCAGGGCCAUGCGUGUGACUUCCUCCAAACACACCACGGUGCAGCUGCCCCGAGAGGGCCACGAGGACCAGGGCCUGACGAAGGACUACAGCAACUCACCGCUGCACCGCUUCAAGAAGCCCGGCUCCAAGAAUUACUCCAACAUCUUCCCACCCUCGGCAACACUCCACCUCUCCAACAUACCACCUUCCGUGGUGGAGGAUGACCUCAAGAGGCUUUUCGCCAGCUCAGGAUCCACAGUCAAGGCCUUCAAGUUCUUUCAAAAGGACCGCAAGAUGGCCCUGAUCCAGAUGGGCUCAGUGGAGGAGGCAAUCGAGUCCCUCAUCGAGUUCCACAACCACGACCUAGGAGAGAACCACCACCUCAGAGUGUCCUUCUCAAAGUCCACCAUCUGAGUGCCUUUCCUUCCUCCCUCCAGGUCUAUUGCCACCUGAACGCUACUUUGAUCAAGGUAGCUUUCAGUGGAAAUGGGCACUGUUACAUAUGGAUGGCUGUGGUUCAUUGCAGAACGUUGCUCCCUUUACCUUCCUUAAUCAUUCCCAGUCCUUUAAAGGUUUGGGAAUCACAUUUGAUUCAAUGUGCUUAUUGAUUCCGAUUCCUGGCUCCAAUUUCCACCAAAAUAUGUAGAAAAACAAGGUGCAUUAUUUCUCAUUUUGGUUAAAAGUGUCAUAAAAUACACUGCAUUGUCAAUUAGAACUUGACAAACUGCACAAGUGGUGUGUGUAUGAACCAAAUCAUUAUUUGCUCCUUGAUAAGGUUUUAAGUUUGAGAGGGGCCGCAUUCUGCAGUGAACCACGGUCUCAUAUUGGAGGUAAAGUAGGGGCAGCUGAUGAACUGUCACUUUAGACCAAAUCGUAAAUAAAGACACCCUCCACCACAGAUGCUCAUGUGGACGAAUCCUGUCCGCACCAGACACACUUCAGCAUUCCUUUUACUACGAUAGCCGUGUGGAUACAUCUUUGUGUGUGUGUGUGUGUGUGCCUUUUUGAAAUGCCACUUUGAACCUGUUGGCCAGUCAGAAACGGUUUGAUACAAAGGAUUUAGUUUUGGCUCACAGACCAUUUAUCUCCCAGUAUCCAUUUGGAUUUUAGAUAUCUUGUUACUAUCCGCCUUUUCCUUCGGGGGAUCGAUACCACUAUCUGAAGUCAUUCAAUAAGCAUGUCUUUUUUUUAAAUAUCUAUCUCUACAGUCUUGUGCCUUACUUUGCCCCGACCAGAUAGCCUUAAGCAUCGCUCUGGAUUCAUUUGGGAAAGACGUGGCUCUCUUUUUCUUUUUUCAUGCCUUCUGUUGUGUACCAGCAUUGAACAGAGGAGGGGAAGUGGCUCAUUCAAUCAACAAGUGUUUAUCUAAACAUUUGUGUGCAUAUAUCCCCAUUCUAUGUGUGUAGAAGCUUUGAUUGUAAGUCAGUUCGAUGCCUAAUGUCCUUGCUAGGUGAUGUAGCUCUGUUAGGUGUGUUGUGGCAGGAGUUAGAGCUGUGUCCAGCCUUCCUGUCUUACAGUCCCCUCUCACCUCCAUUUAGUCCCUCCUCAGUAGGGACACAGUGUUUGGGGCGUCAUUUAACCAUAUUGUGUUCAUGUAUAUGUGGACACCUAUAUAUAUAUUCAUUUAUCUUUUCUUUUUAAUGUUAGCAUACAUGUGUAUCACUUCUAAGCUUAACUGAUAUGUAGUGGCUGGGUUUGAUCGUUAUCACAGUGCCUUGAGUUUCUUAACCCGAGGCUGAGACACUCUGCCCGGUCAGUUGACUUUGUUUACUGCUCGUUCAGGUUUAUCUAAUCCCUCUGCAAAGAUGCCUUUUUAUCCCAUUUAUAUUCAGGUGAUCCUACCUGUAAGAGGGCAGCUUCAUUUGUCAACUGGGGUCCAAAAAACCCUAAACCCAGUAUAUAUGAUUUUUUUCUAGAAUUCAGGAUCACAGGAUUCCAGGUCGGGGGAGCCCUCACCCGUCCCUGUCUGUGUCCUCCUGCGCCACAGUCAGGUUCCUAUAGUGCACUUUUCCUCAACGAUAGGUCCAAAAUUGGCACCGUCACGCUGAAGUCUUAAACGUCGUCACAUUCCUGCGUGCCUCAUGCACCAGUUUCCGCAGCCUGGACCAGUAUAGUUUUAGACCAGAUACAGAUCCUCUCUGUCUCUAUUUUUGUAAAAGAUUAUUAUGCAUGGUUUAACAAAGCUUCAUGUAGCUACAGGGGGUUAUUGCUGAUAAGGACCAAAGUAUCUUUUACCCCUGCUGUGUUGUAGUGUGAUUUCUAAAGGUUGUGUUUUUCUUUCACAUUUCCUCAAGUUCACAAGGCUUCAGUUUCCCUCUUUCCCCAUUUCUCAGAUGCCUCGGUCAAAUGUCACAUGCAUUCAGAUAUCUUUUGUGCAUCUUCCUAUACUGUAUGUGUAUACCUUUUUUGUUGAUCGACUUUACAAAGAGCCUACUUUGGUAGAGAUUGCUUUAGAACGGAGACUUUAAUGAGCCACAGUCGUAGCUGUGAUGUCGACGGUGUAGAAGAUUAUAUGCCUUUUUGAUUCUUUUGUUUAAAGCUUUUAUUUUUCUUCUUUUUUAUAUGGGGGAGGGGUGGGGUUAUUGUAUGACGCGGGAUUGAUGGUUGUAUAUAUUCAUGUUUUUGUACCACAAAAUCAUUUGGAUUAUAUCCACUUUACGUUCAAAACAUGUAUAUUUUGAUAAAACAAUACAGACCUAUUAAGCUCUUUGGAGCUGUAAAAAAAACAAACCUUUUGUAACUGAAAGACAUUAAACCUAUCUGAACACAGAAGUGUCUCUGUAUGUGCCCUGCUCCCCCCCACACACCAUUCUGUUCUUGUCUUUGCAUCUUCUGCUGCCUUCAAUAAAUCUUUAGUUUGUUCUUUCUUUCA